AUGAGCGGCCCGCAAGGGCCUUCAUAUUUAAUAGCCUCGCGUGAAGCGCUGGAAGAAAACAUCGCACCAUAUACUGUAAAUGACAGAAAGUGGAAGCCACUGGCACCACAAGGUCUCGCGCCGGUCGUUGUGGAUGAGAUUGUCGCAAGUGUAAUCUCGGCCAAAUCUCCGGUAGUUAUCACUACUUAUCUUGGCCGUGAUACUGAGGCUGUACCAGAGCUCGUCAAAUUAUGCGAGGCACUUCGUGUAGCUGAAGCUUUGCCAGCGUAUAUGAACUCCCCGCAUGACCACUACCUCUAUGUUGGCAACCACUGGAGUGAAGGUCUGCCCAAUGGUAUCUUGGAUAAUGCAGAUGUCGUGCUUGUCCUAGAUUGCGAUGUUCCGUGGAUCAAAUCUGUGUUCCGUCCUUGCAAGGAUGCAAAGCUUUACCAUAUCGACUGUAAUCCUCUCAAGGUCAACACGUCUCUAUUCCACAUCAAUCCUGGGACGUACUUGACCUCUGGCGCAACCGCCCUGGGUUGGCACGGCGGAGCUGCCAUUGGAUUUACAAUGACUCAUCCAGGCCGACUGGUUGUGGCUGUAACGGGCGACGGUAGUUUCAUGUUCAGUAUUCCAUCUACGGUGUACUGGAUGGCGCGACGGUACAACAUCCCCUUUUUGACUGUGAUUCUGAAUAAUAGAGGCCGGAAGAGCCUGAUGCUGAGCGCCUUAGCCGUUCAUAAGAACAGGCACUCGAGCAGAAUGGCCCAGGCAGACGAUUUGCAUGUCACAUUUAACCCGAGCUGUGAUCACUCACAAAUUGCGGUGGCUGCCGGAGCUGAUUGGGGAACAAGUGUCAAGGAGACCAGAGAGUUAGAUGCAGCAAUUGCCAAAGGCAUUGAAGUUGUCCAUUCUGGUAGAGCAGCCAUUGUGAACAUCUGGUUGCUCAAGUUUAACGUUAGUGACCGGGUAUUUAGCUUGCCCCCGCCUAAACGGCAUCGAUAA